GGUGUUCGAGGAAACGAUGGACCCCACGGUCCCAAAGGAAGCUUGGGUCCCCAAGGUGAGCCAGGACCUCCAGGUCAGCAGGGAACCCCAGGAACUCAGGGAAUGCCGGGACCUCAGGGGGCCAUCGGACCCCCAGGAGAGAAAGGUCCCACAGGAAAACCAGGUCUCCCAGGAAUGCCUGGAGCUGAUGGGCCUCCUGGUCACCCAGGAAAGGAGGGGCCUCCUGGCACCAAGGGAAACCAUGGUCCUAACGGUCCUCAGGGAGCUAUCGGCUAUCCUGGUCCUCGGGGCGUCAAGGGAGAACAAGGCAUCCGCGGCCUGAAAGGCCACAAAGGAGAAAAGGGAGAAGACGGCUUCCCGGGAAUUAAAGGAGAUUUCGGUGUCAAGGGAGAGAGGGGAGAGAUUGGAGUAUCAGGGCCCAGAGGAGAGGACGGCCCGGAGGGGCCAAAGGGUCGUGUUGGACCCCCCGGUGAGCUUGGAGCUAUUGGACUGAUUGGUGAGAAGGGUAAACUCGGUGUACCUGGAGUUCCUGGAUAUCCUGGAAGACAAGGACCAAAGGGAUCUCUUGGAUUCCCAGGAUUCCCUGGUUCAAACGGCGAGAAGGGAACAAGGGGUACUUCCGGCAAACCAGGUCCGAGAGGACAGAGAGGCCCGACGGGCCCCCGAGGGCAGAGAGGGCCGAGGGGCGCCACGGGGAAACUAGGAGCAAAGGUUUGUCUGCACACCUGA